UAAAAUUAAAUUAAAACGUUUUUAAUGUUUAUAAACUUUGUCAAUAAGUCAUGUGCUUGCUUCAGUACGAAGCUGUAAGACGGGUACCAUCUUUAGCCUCUAUUACACAGCUUACAUGUUUGCGGCGUAAGUUGCCAUCUACAACAUCAAUGGAAGAUGGUUGCUGUUGUAAAUUUUAGUUGUUUACCUUCACCUUGUGUGUUUGAUGAAUACGAUCGAUGCGUAUGAACAUUGGUUUGAAUCUGGCCCGUUAAGAGUCAAAUUUGAAAGCGGACGACCAAGAGAGGAACUUGCUUCGGGGAGGAAGGUGAGAGAGGAAAAUGCAUCGGGGAGGAAAGAUAGAGAGGAACCUGCAUCGGGGAGGAAAGUGAAAGAGGAACCUGCAUCGGGGAGGAAAGUGAGAGAGGACCCUGUAUCGGGGAGAAAUAGAGAUCUCGAUCACCGCCCGCUCGAUGGAACCUUCUCUUCCUUCUGCUUCUUCUUCUCUGAAACCGUACGCGUGUGACACGUGCAGUUACCGAUGCUCUCGGAGUGACGGGUUGAAGGAGCACGCGCGCACGCACACGGGAGAGAAACCGUACGCGUGCAACAUAUGCGGCACCACCUACGCCACCUCCCGCAGCCUCAAGAAGCACUUUCUCACGCACACGGGAGAGAAACUGUAUGCGUGUGACACGUGCGGGUACCGAUGCUCCCAGAGUCAACGGUUGAAGGAGCACGCACGCACGCACACGGGAGAGAAACCGUAUGCGUGCGAUGUAUGCGAGUACAGGAGUUCUCAGCUGGCGCAUCUCAAGACGUACGCGUGCGACAUAUGCGGUUACACCUGCACCACCUCCGGCAGCCUCACGAGCCACACGCGCACGCACACGGGAGAGAAACCGUACGCGUGCGAUACAUGCGGUUACACCUGCACCACCUCCAGCAGCCUCAAGAGCCACACGCGCACGCACACGGGAGAGAAACCUUACACGUGCGACAUAUGCGACAUAUGCGGUUACACUUGCACCACCUCCUGCAGCCUCAAGAAGCACUUUCGCACGCACCCGGGCCAGAAACCGUACUAUGCGUGCGAUGUAUGCGAGUACAGGUGUUCUCGGCUGGCGCAUCUCAAGAUCCACGCGCGCACGCACACGGGAGAGAAACCGUACGCGUGCGAUGUAUGCGAGUACAGGUGUUCUCGGCUGGCGCAUCUCAAGAUCCACGCGCGCACGCACACGGGAGAGAAACCGUACGCGUGCGAUGUAUGCGAGUACAGGUGUUCUCGGCUGGCGCAUCUCAAGAUCCACGCGCGCACGCACACGGGAGAGAAACCGUACGCGUGCGAUGUAUGCGAGUACAGGUGUUCUCGGCUGGCGCAUCUCAAGAUCCACGCGCGCACGCACACGGGAGAGAAACCGUACGCGUGCGAUGUAUGCGAGUACAGGUGUUCUCGGCUGGCGCAGCCCGAAUGCGAGAGGAAUUAUUAUAGGACCUCUUUCUUCCUUUCCCAGCCAGCACAUCCUAUGCCAGAAAUUGCGGCCUCCGACUGUGGAGGUCUGAGGCUGAUGAUGUGGGAACACCCAUGUUCAAUCAUUGACCACGCUUCUUUUUGUGCCUCUGGGAAUGACGGCGAGGGUCUGGCGGAAGUCAUUUCCUGA